AUGGCCUACCGAGAUGUGGACGACUGGCACAGGAGAACGGCGCAGAGGCGGUACCCCCCAAGCCCGCUGCCUGUAGCCGAACACGAAUGGCAUGGAGCUGGUGAGACGACAUUCGAUUCGCUGCCGUACCGGAGACCCAAAGACCUUAUACCAGCACCCGACGAGACAACUUCGUCCCCUGGACGAAGCCGGAUAUCGAGGAACAGCAGCGGCGCGUCUGCCACCGUCGUCGAGACGAUGCCCGUCCUUUCCAGAGCCCAAGUGCCAGAGACCUAUAGAAGAGGGAGAUACCCGGCGCCAGACUAUGACUUCGACUCGUAUGCGGAGGAGGACGACAUGGUGCCAGCGCCGGGUCCGAGGAUGAGCCCUAGGCGUGGCCGAAGCCCUAGGGCCGCCCAUCACUCGAGGCCCCGCCGAGUCUAUGAGAAAUCCUCCACCUCCUCUCCGUCUCGCUCAGAGGCCGACACGGACGAGGACUCGGCAACAAGUAUUUCGACCGAGGACGAGAAACGGCUGAGGCGGCUGGACAGAGCGAGGCGGGAGAAGGAGAAGGAUAGGCUGGAGAGGCUGGAACGCCAGGAGAGACAAGAAAAGCGUGCCCGCCGUGCCGUGCCGGAAGAGCGACGACCUCCUCCCGAGGAGAAUAAGAAGAAGCCAAAAAGACGAAGGAAAAUACGUGAAAUUGUGUACGUGGAAGAGGACGACGAGUCGACCGUGCAUACGCCGCGCCGGCCGGCCGAUGCACGCAGCAGCUCUCCCUUACGACACCGCUCUCGGCUGUCUCGUUCGGCAUCCGAGAGGCACUAUUCGAGACCGCGCUCUCACAGCCCGGUGAGGAGAUCAAGCCAGCAUCGUCCGUCCGCCAAGACGUACGAUUUCGUCUCCAAGCCGCCCGCCUCGUCCAAACGGCCGGCACAUGGAACGCUCCCGGCUCGGGGCGACUCUGACCUCGGUCCUAGUAGACCCUCUAGGAGACACCAGUCAGACGUUGUGUACGCAGACUCCAGGCUGGUCCGCCGCUCAAAAACCAUGUCAGGGGCAGCAUCGCACGUCACGUCGCACAGCACGGCGUCGUCAAACAAGCACCCGACGGGCUUUAUGGGGCAUAUGCUCACCGGCAGCGCGCGCUCUCACUCACCCGAGAAGCCGGUCAGGAUGGACAACUGCGUGAUAUGUAUGGACGAAUUACGCGCUUCGAAACAUCCAAAGCUCAAGUGUGGUCACCGCAUGUGCGAUUCCUGUCUCAAAUGGAGCUUUCAGCUCUCCAUCAAGAACCUCAGUUCGAUGCCCCCAAAAUGCUGCACCUCAGACUACAUACCCCUCGAAUACGUUGAACGCCUACUGUCGUCCGACUUCAAGAACAAAUGGAACAGGAAGUACCUGGAAUAUUCGACUCGCAAUCGGAUCUACUGCCCUUCGAGACGAUGCGGGGAGUGGAUUAGGCCAGGGGACAUGCGCCGCAGGGGAGGCCGCAAGUGCGGCUCAUGCAGAGCGUGCGGGCUUGAGGUUUGCUGCUCCUGCAAAGGCAGGUGGCACUCGUCGAGGGACUGUCCCGACGACGAGGACACGACUAGGUUCCUGGAGCAGGCCAAGGAGGCUGGCUGGCAGCGGUGCUACAAGUGCAGCCACAUGAUUCAGCUCGAAGAAGGCUGCAACCACAUGACAUGUCAAUGCGGAGCACAAUUUUGCAUGAUUUGCGGUGUCAAGUGGAAGAACUGCGAGUGCCCGUGGUUCAACCACGAGACGGCGGGAGAAGACCGGCUCCACGACCUGCCAGUCCCGGCCGUGGUACAGCGAUUGGACAGAUUGGAUCUGACCACGACUUCGAGAAGCAUGCGGCCGAUGAUCGAAUCAGGCCCGCCGCCGCGAUCCCGCUCACAAGAUUACGACAGCAGGCUCGUGCGACGGUUCCAGGAUAACCGCGACGAGGAUACACGGAGGUUCUCGAGUUACGAAGAUGACAAUGUUUUCGACCGAGGAUACGGGGAAAUGGUCGGCGUCGGCGGGACCGCGGUCGGGAGUUUCCUGGAGAACGACUAUCGCAGGGACGCAGAAGACGUAUUCGUAUCCGGGCCUCCGGUGCCGCCAGCGCCAACGCCACCAGCAGCGUUUGAGCGCCCCGCGCCGAAGGACAGGUACGUGUCGGGUGUCAACCGGGCGCGAGGCCUCCCGCCAGACUCGAUGGGGCAGCGGUUGGCCGAGCGCUUCUCGGAAUACCGUGCCAGCCCGGCCGGCCCUUCCCGGACGGGCAUGAUGGCAGCACCACCGGUGUCUUCCCUCGGACCGAUCACAGCUCCCCCCUUGGGACCACCUCCCAUGGGACCGCCCCCUCCCAUGACGGCGGCCAUGGGAAUGGGCCCUCCGCCGCCGAUUCCUUUGCUGCGGCGGCACACGAUGGAAGAGGAAAUGUACAACGGCGCCAGAACCACGAGGCCGUCAGAACGAGUGGUUCCGGGGAGGAUGGUUCACGAUUACGAGAGGGAGGCGGCGGUGCACGCUCCGCGAAGCCGGAGGCGCCCAUACGCCGAGCCCAAGUCGUCGACGCUCGCCGGUCUCACAGGACCCGGCCGUGGCAUGAACCGGGUGUUUGAGUGGCGGAAUCACGUCCACCCAGGCAUGCCCGAAGAUACUCGGGCGUAG